GCACUUUGCAGUCGCACAGCGCAGGCGCACAGGUGCACAGGUGCACGUUGUCGUUGCAGUAGUUGCAGUUGCAUUUUUUUGACGUCAUCUGGCGAAUGAAGUAAACCUGGUGAUCUGAAAUUACCUUGAUCGCACCAUGCUUGUUUGUUGUUUUCAUUUCCUUCCGCGUUAUCGCGUUAUCUUUUUAGUCCUUCCCUCGUUUUUGGUUUUGUGAAUUUGUGACAUUAAUUGAAUUUGAGUUUAUGUUUUCGACUAAAACAUAUGUAAUUCUAUUGUAUUUAGUCCACUGCAAUUAUAAAGCUUUACCACUGUUUCGUGUUUUGCUUCGAUUACCAUCGUGAACUUAUAAAUUCGUGUUCGGUGUGACUGACUUGGUGUUAGCUUACAAUACAUUAGUACAUUUCGUAUAGCUUUCGAAUUGUUGAUGGAUUCCGGUUCCGGUCCCAAUUUAAAUACUUCAACAGAGUUUUCCGAGCAAUCAAGCAUGUCUUCCUACUCGUUGCUGGCAUCACCAACACCAGCAGGAUCUGACGAAUUCCAAGUAGUAAAUGAUAUCGCUACCACCACUCAUUUAACCUCCUUACUGCGCGAACAAAAAUAUUUCAGUCAAAUGAUCGAUUCGCUAGAACCCACGAGCAAUCUUACAGCAACAGAAGCGAAAGUCCAGUCGAAGCAUUUACAGAAGUUUUACGAUAAAUUUAUUCACAUCCAGAGUAAAAUCGCCGCUUUAAUUGGAGACAUUUCGAUUGACGAUCAGGUAGAAAUUUCGCGGAAUGUUCAGCAAAAAGUUCGUCAAAUUGAAACCAAGUUAGAAGAAAUGACAUCCUCGAACAAAACUAUACCGUUGACACCGGUCGGUUCCGCAAUAAAUGGACAUUUCAAUCAAACAGAACGUCCUACCUCGGACAUCCUCGAUACUCUAUUUAAGAAGCAGAACUAUUUGAUCAAACAGAUGGAAUUAAUUGAAUCGAAAAAGAAUCUCGGUGCGGCUGAAGCUGAAAUAUUGCAUGGUCAUGUUUUGCAACUUCACGACGAGUUCGUGAAAAAUCAAUCCAAGAUAGAAACCAAUGUGAGCGGUUCAGCCUUCGAUGAGCAGUUGCAAAUGUCUGACAGAAUUCUUCAAAAAGUGAUCGCCGUUCAAAUCAAGCUGAAAGGAAUUAUUGCUCUGGUUACAACGGUGUCAAAGAGAGUUUCGUCGGUCAAUGAUGCGAAGACGUCGUCAGUACGUAAGCGUGAUUCUUCUCAUGUUGAAACUCAGGAAAUAUCAAUUGGAUCGGAUACGUCGGUACGUAAGCGUGUUUCCUGUAAUGAUAUUGAAGCUCAAGGCGAAUCAUUGGGAUCACAGAGUUAUUUAAAUGAAAAAUUGAAGAUACUCAUCUAUCAGGAAAAUUGUGUCUAUAAGAAGAUUCUACAAAACAUCAAUCAUUCUCCGGAAGUUGCGGGGAGCAUUCAUUUACGUCCUUGGGUUGACGAGUCCUACAGAUGGUUCCUUUCAAUUCGGAGUAGUGUUGAAAAUAAUGUUCGUGAAUUUCCCUAUCUUCUCAGAAAAGUUGAAGAAAUUUCGGAAAAAGUUGACCGAGUUGUUAAAGAUUAUCGAUUGUAUUGUGACGGAAAAAUUCCCAGAUGUGAUUUGGAUUACAUUUCUUCUAAUGGUUACUCGUGAUGUUCUUUUUUCAAGUGUUCGGUACUUGUAUUGGUGACCUGUCUGAUGUACAUAAUACGUACCUACUUGUAAAACUUGAGAUCGAAAAUGAUAAAUUUGUGAUCUGUUUUUUACCGAUGAAUAAGUUUCUUUUUCUUCCAUAUUUUUCCCCUGACAAUACUGUUCUUUUUUAUUGUUUUAAAAUUUACGUAGGUAUUUGUGUUUAUAUCAUCGGAUUAAUUAAAAAUGUUGAUAUCAUGUAACUGUGUUGUAUGGUGAAUGAAUAAAAUCGUCGUUAAAAGAGUACCUAAAAAUCGAAAUAAUUGUUUAUUUUAUGACGCUAUUUAAAAAUAUUGCUUUUAUGGAGAAUCAUUGAUUUUCGAUCAGAGAUUAUCCAUUGAAAAUUUACAAUCUUUUAUGUGAAUAUUUCCACUAGAAAUACUUUUUCGAUUUAAAUUUAUCAUUUAAUUUUUUUUUUAAAUUAAGUCAAAAUAUCGCAAGAUAAUAUUUUUGAAAUUGGUGUACCUACCUAAUAUUUUGAGGUACCAAUUUUUCAGUCGUAAUUUCCUAUUACAAAAACUUGGGAAAAAUAUGCUGAGUUUUUGGCUGUUUUCCUCAUAUUUUAAUUUAGUUUCAUUAAUUUGUAAUAUUUGAGAAGAAAAAAAUUUUCAAAACACGUCGAGUUUAUUCAAAAAUAAAAGAUUUGCAAAUCUUUCAACUGUUCAUUAGAACCCUCAAGUGAUCUUGAAUUUUGAAAUCAAUGGUCCAAGUCGAUGCAAAAUCUCAAAUCUCAUCUUUUAUAAUUAUUACUGGGCCAUAUGCAGGUACAUACAUUUAAUCUGCACAGGUAGAAGUACUUACCUACUUAUAAUAAUUCAAAGUUUUUUUUUGCUAUCCUCUUUCCUCUCUGAAACUGGUUUCAUCUUUCCAGUUUUCAUUAGUUUUUAAUUCAUCAUAUUUAUUUUGGAUUGUGAAUAGAUUAAUAUGUAGGUACCUACAUGUAAUUAGGCUUGUGCGUUCGUGUUCUAUUGAAAAGGCAUGAUCGUUGAAACUGAAAGCGACAAGCGUGUUUGCGUAGAUAAGUAUGGACAUGGAGCCUUCGGCAGGUAGAGGGAAACGGUGUGAGCUUCAAACCCAGGGGUUUCCCUGAAACUUUUUCAUCACAUCCCAUCAUGCUUAUGAUUUUAGCGAAACAUAACUGCGUGAAAUGCGAAGCUCUGUAGCCAGUUUUCUUCGUUUGAGCUUGUUCUCUAAUCUCUUGGUUUAUGCUGUGGUGAUUUCAGUUGAGUUUAUUUCAUUUCUAUUCGCGUAAUUCUGCCUGUAGUCCACAGCUGAGUGUUUUGCUUUGAUUACUAAUCGUGAGUUCAUAAUUCGUGUUCGAAGUUACCGAUUAUUUGUAUCAAGUUUCAGUCCAACUUUUAAACUGUCGUUUUUAUUUUUAUUUUCGUGGUUGUUUUGUCGCAAAGUACAUAUUAGAGUACCCUAUCUAUUGCGGUUAAUGGUUUCAUUUCGUAUAGUUUUUGGAUUUUCGAUUCAGCGAUCUAGAUAUUUCAACCGAGAUUUUUGAGCUAAUAAGAUUCUCUUUCUAAUCAUCAACACCAAGAUUCGCUUUCAAACAACACGAAGAUUCGAUUCCAGAGUAAAUGAUCCUCUCGCUACCACUAAUUUAACCUCGUUACUCCGUAAACGGAAAUAUUUCAUGGACAUGAUAGAUUCGCUGGAACCGGCAGGCGAUCUCAACCCGCAAGAAGCCAAAUUUCAAGCAAAGGAUUUGGAUCAGUUUCGCGAAAAAUUCACCUUUAAUGAGAGUGAAAUUGCGACAAUGGUUGAAGACGCUUAUUCGUCCGGCGAGCAACUUAGAAUUUCGCAGACGGUUCUGAAAAAAGUGCGUCAAAUUCAAGCCAAGUUGGAAAACAUUAUCUCAUCGAACAAAACCAUACCACUGGCAUCGGAUUCCACGGUUGCGUUAUCGGUACGUGAACGUAUUUUAUCUCCUGUUGAAGUUGAAGCUCAUGUCAAAUCAUUAGGAUCGCGCGGUUAUUUGAAUAGUAAAAUCGAAGGACUCAUUCAUAAUGAAAAUAAGGUCUAUGAAGAAAUUAUAAAAAAUCUAGACCAUCCUCCUGUACUUGCAGGAAGUGUUCAUUUACGACCUUGGGUCGACGAUGCCUACUGGUGGUUCGUUCACAUCAAGAAAAUUACUGAAAAAUCGUUUCGUCAAUCUCCAUGUCCAUACGAUGGCGAUCUUUGUAAAAAAGUGGAAGAAAUUACCAGAAGAGUUGAACGAGCUGUUGAAGAUUAUAAGCUAUAUUGUGAAGGACUAAUUCCUAAACAAAAUUUGUACUACGUUUCUUCAAUGAUGGAAGCUCGUGGGCAGAAAUCAUUAUUAUAUUGAUCUCACUGAUUAGAUUCGCAUCGUGUGUGUUUCAGUUCAUUUUUGAUUUUGGUGUAACUUGAAAUUAGAAAGGAUAAAUUUGUAAUCCAUGUAAUACAGAUGGAUGAUUUUUUUUUUCAAUUUUAUUUUAAUCAAUGCCUAUCUACCUAGUUAUUUAUUAUUGGUCUUAUUGCAUUAUUUUCAAAAUGUUUGUUUUUGUAUUUUUUAUGUAUAGGUACUUAGUAUUAUUGGAUUAAAGAUGUGUUGAUAUCA